AUGAGCAAGCCUCUAGCCAAUGCGAUCAAGCGGAGAGCCAAGAGCCAUCCCAAAUUCCGGGGAACCAUCAUCAACUUCGCUCAGAGCUAUCAUAAGAUCAACGUAGGGUUGCAGCGUCGGCUGUACGGCUACAGCACGAACGUGGACAUCAAGCCGCUGAUCGAGGAGAAGGCGGUGGAGACUGCAGCAGACCUCGUGGGCGAGCUUGUAGUCUUUGGGGUGGCUGGCGGUGUUGUUGUUGCAGAGUACACAAGAAGCUCAAUAGCUGAUUCGAGGAAAGAGGAGAAGAGAAGGCAGGAACGUGAGGCUCUUCGACAAAAGGACCUUGAGCUUGAGCGUGAUUUGCAGAUGCUGAAGGCACGCUUGGAUGCAUUGGAGAGUGCAGAAUCUGACAGCUGGCUCCCACGCAUUCUGCGAGGCAGCACUAUAACGUUGGGUGGGGGCACCCGCAGCGCAACCAGUCCUGCCCCAAAAAAUAGUGGAUCGGCAGCAAGUGAAGUGGAGACAACAGAGGCUCACGAGGAGGAGGAUGGGCAGGGGUCCGAGGAGACAGAUGAAGAAAGCCACAAUAAGGAUGGUUCUAGAGAGAAUGACAAGCCUCUUUCCAUACGCAUGGGCGACGCGGCCAUAGACGCGUUCACAGGAGCACAGCCAGUCUCUAAAGUCCUCCGAUACUACCCAGAGCACGAAAUAGUCGCCAUCAGCAACGCACGCGACGCACGAGACGAGUCGCCUCCUCCCCUCCCCCCGGACCAUCUCCUCGUUCCGGGUCGCUCUUACCUACUUCUACCGAAGAUUAAGCCCAAGCCUACCGGCGGCAUUGGCGUUGCGGGAUUGCGGUUUCCGAAAAGCGCGUCCGUGGCCGUGGGAGAGACGGCUCGCGACGCGAGAGCCGGCGGAGAAGGCGGAGGGAGUUACAGCAGCAUGCAGCGCGCAUUACGGAAAGCGGGAUCGCAGGCUUUGGAACGGUCCGACGUGGAUCCGGCUCUAUGCUCCCCGACAGAGUCAACUCCCCAGGAUCCGCCGGGCGCUCGUGCCUUCAAGCCCGCGGCUCUCCUGUCCGGUCGACCGCCCACCCCUCCCACCCACCGCUCCUCCUACAGCUUCUCCUGCUCCCCCUCGCACCCCCACACCUCCACCUCGCCUCCCUCCCACCUCUCCUCCUCUUCCUCCCCGCCUCCCCCUCACCACGUCUCUACCGCCGCGGGAAAAGGUCUGAGAGCAGCAGAAGCAGCAUUCGGCUCAGGUGAAAACCCAGGUGCGCGGAUGGACCCCUGGGAUCAGAGCUCAGAGUUCGGCUGCUGGGCAGACUGA